AUGAUGAAGAUUACACUGAACUUGAAUAAGCUGCGACCGAGCCUGACCAAGCCGGCCCCGCUCCAACUGAUCACCUCGCCAACCCUGUUGGAUUUUCGCGACCAAGUGCGUAACGUGGACACUGCCGAGUCUGGCCAAGCCGGCCCCGCUCCGGCUGACCACCUCGCCAACCCUGUUGGCUUUUCGGUAGGAUCUGAUGACGCCCUUUUGGACGAUGCCUAUUCUGCCGAUGCUGAUCCUGCAGAUGCUGACGUGGAUAGCGACCAAGUGCAUGACUUGGACACGACCGAGGUUGACCGGUUAGCUAAGGAGUGUGAAGACUUACGGCGAGCGAUAGGUAAAUAUAAGCAGCGUGUUGCUCCACUGCAAAUAGGUUUCGAUGUGCUUGAUCGCAGCUUUGCACAACGUGUUCGGCAACUUGACCAUUUGAGAACGGAGCGCGCUUUAGGCCACCAGGAUCUUCACUGUUUACGCUCCUCCUUAGCUGCUCAUAUCGCGGAACUAGCGCUGUUGAGAGCAGAACAGGAUCUGCUUACUCGCGAUCGCCAGGCUCAGCUUACUUAUCUGGUCAACUUCGUCACGGGGCUUCCGCCGUAG